AUGGCUGAACAUUCCAACAGAAGCAAUCACUACGUUUCAUCUUCUUCCGUUAUGUCCUAUCCUCGUUCUCUUCCUCGAGCCCUUAUAUCACGUGAUCCCCCAUCUGACCGUACCCAUAGAAUUCAAUAUCGUCAAAGAGAAACAGAUCUGACACCAUCUGCUAGACUAACUGAGCGUAAAGAAAGAAAUGAGCCAUAUUUUGUUUCUCAGUCAGUCCCACGCAGCAUUAAAAAAGAAUAUAAAUCUGAUACCAUACCCAGACCAAGACCUAUUCACAAGCUAUCUUGUCCUGUUUGUUUGCAUGAUUAUACCAAUGAAAUUACCCCCAAAAUCCUAACCUGUGGUCAUACUUUUUGUUUAGUCUGCCUUGAAAAAUUGCAAAAGACGUCACAAAUUCGAUGUCCUCUUUGUAAAAAAGCAGAGCUUAGGCUAGUUUCUGAACUUCCUGUAAAUUUUAUAGCAAAAGAAGUAAAUGAAGUAAAUAAUGCUAUUGAUGAAUGCAAAAUCCAUAGAAGAGAAAUCGGAGCAUUCUGCUCAACAGAUAAAUCGUUAUUAUGCUGGGAAUGUUUAAGCCCUCAUACUAAGCACUCCAUUUAUUCAGUUUCUGAUCCGAAAAUUCAACUAAUUGCAAAUGAAAAACGAAAACACAUUGAAUCGAUAGGAAAAAAAUUAGCUACAAAUAUACAAAAAUUACAGGAGUUUGGGUGUAAAUUAAACGAGAAUUUAAAAGAAAUUAAUUGCUUGGUAGAUUCACAUAUAGAAGGGUACAAAAAAGCAAAAAAUGAAAUAAUUCAGAAAAUUGAAGAAAUUUUUGAAAAACGUGUAGAAGAGAUAAAAGAGAAGGCAAAAAUUCCUGACGACAAAAAAAUUGCUGAAAAAAUUAAUAUACAGAUAAGUAAAUUAAAUGGGCAUGUAGAAGAAUUGAACAAAGAAAAAGAUGAAUUCGAAAAAAUGAGUGCUUUGAGAAAAUUGGAGUGGAAAGAAACUGUGCCUUUUAAAGAGGAAUUGAUGCCACAGAUUGAAAUGGAUGAUCAAUUAAGAGAAUUUUUAAAGAAGCCGAUAAAAUACAAAGAAGAGAUUUUUACAAAAUUAAACCAGCUAUAA